GAAAUUUCCAGGACCAAUGUUGCAAAUUCAGAGAUUGUUUUAUUCUUCUCCCCAAAAAAUAAAUAAUUACUGUUUUUACUUCACUUAACUUCGGUGAUUAUUAAACAAAUAUAAACAUGACAGCGACAUCGUCGUCAUCGUGCGAACUUUAACGAGUCAGAGGUGAAAGGCAGAAGUAAGAGUAAGAGGUUUGUAUUUUGACAAAUUUCACAAAUAAUAAACAUAAUUUGUUGCCCUUUCUGGACGGAUCGUAGUCUUUUUACUCAAUUUUACUUAGUUUUGGGUGUCAGUGCCAAGAAGGCCGAGCACUUUUUACAAGUUCGGCACUCAUAAUGCAACAAAAAAAAAAUUAUAUAUAAUAUAUAUAAUAAAAUAAACCAUUUCCUUUACAUGUAUUAUUUUAUAAAUAGUAUAAAAUGUAAAUAAUAUAUAUAUUAUAUGCUUGUAGUUGUAGGAAAUUGAAUGAACUAAUACUAAUAAUAAAAUAGUUAUGAAUUAAACUGAAAUCUCAAAUUUAUGCAAAUGAGCUAUCCUGAUUUGAGUUUGAGUAUAAUUUAUACAUUGUAAUUUUUUUUACAUCUAGAAUAUACAUGACUUACUUAUAUCAUUUUUAUGAAUUUUUUUAUGGAUGAACCCUGAAUAAGUCCUAAGACUUGUGUUUUGGGGGGAAAAGCCCUUCAAACACCUAUUUUUAUGGCACAUGGUUCUACUCCUUUUCCUGAACCCAGCUAUUAUUCGACAGACACUCACAGGCCCCCAUUUAUGACUUGGGACCUUCUCUUAAGCUGGGUGUUACUUAGAAAGUUGUCUGCAUAGCUACGGGUCUCUCUCACAACCAUUUGAGUGAUAUUUAGUGUAAAAAUAGCAUAAAAUACUCAAAUGGGGUGUUAUAGUUCCUAUUCCUAUAUUUUCUAAAAAUUCACAGGGGUCAGCUCUAUCAAGUUCAGGACCUCUAAUACUAAACCAAGGGUUCACAAAAUUAUCCUCAACAUCAUCAUUUUGAUCGUCUUCAUUACUUUCCUGGUUGUUUUUAUCAGUGUCAGAUUUACUGCUAGAAUAUUAAAAUCACUUAGGAUACCGGUAGUUUAUUCAGUGUUACUGUAACUUUUGGAAUUUGACGAUAUUACUUGCAACACAAAAAAAAAUUCCUGAACACAACAAAAGCUAGUAAACAAUAAAUGGAAGCCACCAUUAAAUUGCCAGGAUGUGCAGGAAUAUGUAAGAAACAAUCUGUUUAGCUGGUACGAAGAACAACUAGCCAAUCUCAAGGCUUGAAUUAUUUGGCCGAAUUAGUCUUUUUCGCUACUCAACCCCGGGGCAAUUUACCACCCAGCCAUCUCAAGAGGGUUAAAUAAUAUGGGGUGUGCUCUUUUGAAGCUAUUGCACAAAUUACACCUAAAUUGUGGAACAGUGUGCCUCAAUCUUUGAGAGACAUUGAAAAUGAUAAAAGGUCAUUUAAGAACCAAUUUAAGACAUUUUUCUUUAAAUAGAUUUUAGGACAUCAAAGCACUGUGAGCAUGCUAAAAUAGCAUGGACACAAGCGCUAUAAAAUUACUCAGUCAUCAUCAUCAUAAUAAUAAUAAUAAUGUAACUUAUGAAAUUUAACUUAUGUCAAAGAUGUCAAUCAAAAGUAAUUUAUAUUAAUUACUAUUAGGGACUAUGACACAUGCCAAAAUAAAUUUAAAUUAUCUCAAUAUCAUAAUAUAAUCAUUAAUCAUAUGGAUUGUUGUGGCCUUGUAGUGUAGUGUUGGGCAACACUCCAGUCCAGUUUAAGAUUAAAACUUAAAAUUAAAAGGAGCCAGUGAUGAGUAUUAAAGUUAACCAUAUAGUACUCGUGCAUACUCCUGAACUCCUGGAGGUAAAUAAUGAAAUGAGGGACCUCUGAUGAUAGUGUUAUUAUUAUGUAUCCUGCAGUGGUAGGCCUGCUAUUAAAUUAUUAAGGAUAAUAAAUGAAGGAUUGCAUUUAUAUCUUAUUGUCCUGUCUUUUCAUGCAAGCUUCCACAUACCUUGUCCUACUAUUUAUUAAAUUAUUAAUUAGCUUUUGUCAUCUGUGGCUUACCAGGGCUAACUCUGCACCUGGAAAUGUCCCAUCUAUCCGUUGCACUACUGCACCAGAAUAUUCCUAUCCAGAAUCGUUCUCAUCACUCACCUGCGCACCCACAACUAAAUUAAAAACUAGUAUGAACAUGAUGAUUAAAAUGAUCAUGGUCAAUUUCUACAGACAAACAGACCAGGGCUAAUUGCCAAUUUUAUGAGAUAGGCCUGUUCAAUGAUUAGAUAGGCCUGUUCAAUGAUUAGAUAGGCCUGUUCAAUUAUUAGAUAGGCCUGUUCAAUGAUUAGAUAGGCCUGUUCAAUGAUUAUAUUUAUAAAAUUCUUCCUGUGACCCCUAGCAAUCUAAAUUGGGGCACAUUAGUGUGAUAUUAUUUAUGAUGGCCACUAUUCUAAAGAUUGUUUUUGUAAAAAUAAAUUCUUUCGCUCUGUUUUUCUCUCAGACGUAGAAACAUUUUCUUAGUUGAACUUCAUGAACCAUCAAGAGAAUGGCAAGUGCCUUUAUGUCUAACAGAUACGGUGGAUUACAGCCAGGUAUUUAGAAGUUCUAAUGAAUGAGUUGAGCAUGCUAAAAAUGUAAAUGCUAUGUUACAGAGUGUUUUAUAAUUUAACUUAAUUACACUUAAAUUUAAAUAUGUAGCUGUAUUUACAUGAUUACAUUUUUAAUUGGUUUCAUGUCAGUCUGUCAGGGUCAAAUCUUGAAAUUUUUUACUUUACUCUUUUCUUACAAACCAAUUGUCUUGAAUUUUGCACAUUUGUGAAAUUUGGACUCAAUACCAUAAUGUCACCUAAGGCUCUGGAAUUAGCUUUAUUUAAUAACCCCAAUAAGCUUUACAUGUCUAUGCUCCUGUGAUAAACUGCUGCUUGCACCAAUCAAAUAGAGAGCCAUGUUAGUUCACACAUGGUUGCAUUAAAAAAUUAAGUUUUACAGUUUUAUUAAUUUAAGCUAUCACAAUUACUUAAAUCGACUUCGCCUCUAAUGUGCAUUAUCCAUCAACACUAUUCAUUUAUAUCAUGGGCACUCCAGAAGUGGAUUUUAGUCACAUGUGAUCAAAAUAUUGUGAAAGCUGGAAAAAAUAUUUGUGACUUGUACCGGUAUUAAUAAAGGGUAAUUUUUUAAAUACGUUAUUUUAAAUAAUUUUUUUUAGCGCUGGGAAGCUAACAGACUUCAAAAAUUCCUUUGCCGUUGUUUUAAUUAUUCAUCAUUUAUUAUUUGCAGAUAGAUCAAGACGAAGGCAUUUAUCUAGUAAUACUGUGACCAAUCAAGGGGAGCAACUCAUCAGUAUUUUAACCUUAAAUCGUCUAAAAGAACACGAUCAUGUUGAGGAUAAUGUAGUACUAGGGCAGCUUGAGGCAGAAUCACCUCGUGGUAAGUAAAGUCGUUGCUUCCAUUCAGCUGCCUUUUCAAAUCAGUAAAUGCUCCUUGAAAGCUGUAUAUUGUUUUAUUUAUAGAGGGUAAUAGGAUAGCCAAUUUUAAAAAAUACAGUUUACUUUUAUCGGCUAAAUUAUGUCAUCUUUUUGGAGGUUUUCAGUUCAUUAUUUCCAUUGAUAUUGAAAAAAUUUUAACUUCUUUUUUUUAGAUAAUAGUCCAGAAUUUUUACGGGAAAUAGGCAGAGCCUAUAGAAAGGCAGCGGAUAAUUUUGAGGAGGAUGAUAGAAUGCAAAGGUAAAUAAUAAUGAGUUUACGGAACAUUUGUUCUUUCUCAUUGUUUUCAUUUGUUUACGUAAUGGCAUACCUCAAAGCCAGCACAUCAGAGUAUUUGACCUUAAUUUAGAACUGUGAAUGUUUAUUAAAAGGAAAUUAAAAAGAAAAAAUUGGUUUAAAAGUUGAAAUCCUCAUCCCAUUGUUUGAAUUUUAUUUAUUCUCAUUAAAAGCCUAGCAUUAUGAUUACUAAUAUCAGUAUGAUUUGUUUUGUGUGUGUUUCUAUUUGUGAUCAGAAUCAUAUCAAAAGUUUCACCAGAGAUGAAAGAUGACGUCCUGAACAGAGUGGCCAAGAACUUACUAGGCGUGGGACAAUUAUCAUGGGG